AUGGCAGCUAAGUUCGUCGUUAUCGCCCUGUUGGUGGCAGCAGCUCAAGGGAGUGCGAUCCAUGGCGCUGACUAUACCAGCUUCUCCUACGGGGUCUCCGACCCUCACACCGGUGAUGUGAAGAGCCAGCACGAGACGCGCGUCGGUGACAGCGUGGUGGGCCAGUACUCGCUCCUGGAGUCCGACGGCCACCGCCGCACCGUCGACUACGCAGCCGGACCCCACUCCGGUUUUAACGCCGUCGUGCGCCGGGACCCUGCGCUGCUCGCCCACGCUGCCCCCGCUGUCGUCGCCGCCCCCAUUGCCCACGCCGCACCCGCGGUGGCAGCGCCCCUGGCAUACGCCGCCCACGCCGCACCCCUCGCCGUCAGCACCCACGUCGCUCCUGGAGCUGUGUCUUACUCCGCUCACAGCAGCUCCGUCGCCCACGGCUCACCCAUUGUAGCCGCCCCCAUCGCUUACGGCGCCGCCGCCCUCGGCUACGGCGCGCACAAUCUCGGCUACGGUGCGCACGGUCUCGGCCUCGGUGCCCACGGUCUCGGCCUCGGUGCCCACGGUCUCGGCCUCGGUGCUCACGGUCUCGGCUACGGAUACCAUCAU